AUGACUUACACUCAAUUGCUACCGUAUCUGAUUCAAAGUGGGACUGUCGUGCCAAGGGCAUUACCUCCAAUGCCGAAGCCGCAUAAGCCUUGGUAUGAUGAGAAUGCUAGAUGUGCCUUUCAUGCUAAUUUAGAGGGUCAUACAACAGAGAAUUGCAAGGUGUUCAAGCUUCGGGUCCAAGAGUUGAUAGAUCAAAAAAUAUUGUCUUUUGGUGAUGUUCCAAAUGUGGGGAACAAUCCUUUGCCUAAACAUGAUAGUUCAGGUGUCAAUGUUAUAGAAAGUUCAACUGAUGAUGGAUUGAUAAAGGAUGUGUUCAAGUUGAAGACUCUUUUAACAGUGGUCCAUGCUAGAUUGAUGGAAGCAGAAUUGAUGAAUGGAGUACAUGAUAAUUGUGUGGUGUGUUCGUCCAACCCUGAUCAGUGUGGUGAAUUCAAAAUUUAUCUUCAACGUUUGAUGGAUCAGCGGGUUAUUCAGUUCACUAGAGCAAAGAUUGAUGAGGACGUUGCUGUGAUUGUGCCUGUGUUUGAUCAAGAGAGGCUUCCCAAGCCUUUUGUGGUCCUUUAUCAGAGAAAUGUUGACCUAGAGCCAGUGAAGAAGAUUGAGCCCAUGGUUAUUUAUGUUCCCGCUCCAUUCUCAUUUGACAGUACCAAAGCAGUGCCUUGGGACUAUGAGCUUGUAGUUUAUGUAGGUAACAAACCAGUAAUCUUAAAAGAGCCAGAUGUGACUAACAUCGCUGGAGCUAGUGGUGUGAAUCGAAGUGGAAGGGUUUUCACUCCUGAAGUGAUCCCAAACAAAGAAAGUGCACCAACAGUUGAACUAACAAAGGGGAAAGAGGUAAAUCCUCCAGAAGCAGGAGAAGGCUCAUCUAAGAAAGCAGUGACUACUGAAGAGGAUAGAGAAUUCUUGAAGAUCAUCAAGAAGAAAGACAUCAAUGUUAUUCAGUUUGAUAAUGUGGUUGCUAAUCUCAAUGCUAGUAGUUGUUUGAUGUUCACUGAUGAUGGUUUACCCCCUAAUGGGCGAGAACAUAAUAUGGCGCUUCAUAUCUCCAUUCAGUGUACAGAUGUUACUUUGGCUCGAGUACUGGUGGAUACAGGUUCAUCCUUGAAUGUGCUACCUAAGACUACCCUGGCACAAUUGAAUAUUGAAGGGGUGCAGAUGAGACCCAGUGCUUUGAUAGUGAAAGCUUUUGAUGGGUCUAAGAGAAUAGUUAUUGGGGAGAUUGACCUCCCAAUCCUGAUUGGUCCUCAAACUUUCCGUAUUACCUUCCAGAAGAAAGACAAGUGUGGAUUAGGAUAUCAGUCGUCUAUUGAACUUUUCAAAGAUCAGAAGAUACGUCAGGGAAAGGUUCAUAGCAUCCAGGAAAUAUUCUCCAAAGCUGGUUUCCGAAGUGAUGAUCAAGUGAAUGCUCUUGAAGAUGAAGAUCCAGAUUUGUCCAAGAUGGUGUUUUGUGGACAUCCGGAUGCCGCUCUCACUAACUGGAAGGCAACAGAUAUUCCGGAUAUAGUUUCUUGUUCAAAGUAA